AUGGAAUUUGUAGAACUGGAAGAUUUCUGGGAGAUCCCUAGAUACGUUAUCAGAAGAACGCUCUUUUCUCACUCACCGACUCACGGUUCCCACUACGCACCUUCACGUUCCCUUAUUCCUGUCACUCUUUUAUCCCUCUCUCCUCUGUGCGAAUGCAUCCUAUCUCAAACGCCUCCAAGCCCCUGCAGUUUCACUAUUGCUGACCCAAGCCAAAUGGGUAAAGCCUCCAAGUGGUUCCGGGCCGUUCUCGGCCUUAAAAAACCCGUCACGCCUUCGUCAGAACGGCAGCAGCAAACCACGGGUCGUUUGAAGGAGAAACGGAGAUGGAGCUUUGUGAAAUCAUACAGCGAGAAAGAUCACCAGCAGCACGGAGUUUUGGAUGGCCAGGAGGGUUCCGUAACAGUUCAGAGUUCGUCGGCGUACGAGGAGGAACCUAACAGGCACGCUAUCGCAGUAGCAGCUGCCACGGCUGCAGUUGCGGAAGCUGCCGUCGCAGCGGCUCAUGCGGCUGCAGAGGUUGUGAGAUUGACAAGUAGCGGAAGGUGCGCUAACAAUCCACCAGUAACGUACGUUAGUGGGAGCCAUGCGUGGCGUGAGGAUUGGGCUGCCGUUAAGAUACAAGCGGCAUUCCGUGGCUACUUGGCAAGAAGGGCAUUGCGAGCAUUGAAAGCAUUAGUAAGGCUUCAGGCAUUGGUAAGAGGUCACAUUGAGAGGAAGCGAACUGCUGCAUGGCUUCAUCGUAUGCAAGCAUUACUGAGAGCCCAGGCACGAGCACGUGCAGGACGGAUACAGGUCUCUGAAUCUUCACAUUCAAGUUGCAAGUCUUCUCACUUCCACCACCCUGCUGGUCCGCCCACCCCUGAAAAAUUUGAACAUGCAAUACGAGCUAGGAGUGGAAAAUAUGAGCAGUCAUCAAUUCUCAAGAGGACUGGAUCAAAAUCUAAUGGCAGGGCAAUUAUUGAUGAAGACAAACCACACUUAUCCUUUAAUUGGUCAGGACGUCGGAUGGAUGAAAGAUCAUGGGAGCAAAGAGUUCCUUUGACAAGAACAAGCACUAUAGAUGAUGAGAAGAGUGACAAGAUCCUUGAAGUUGAUACAGGAAAAACCUACUUCACUCCUAAACACAGAAACCUUUUCCACUCCUCUUAUCUUGCCUUGGCAUCAGAUCAAUAUAGUCGUAGCUUCACAACUUCGAAGGACUCCACAAACCAUCAAGCAGUUCCAAGUCCAUCAUCUGGUGAAGUCCAGUCUUUAAGUCCUUUGAAAUUUCCACGUGCGGAUGAGGAAGCUUUUCGCACUGCUCAAAAUAGCCCACAGUUCUACUCCACAUCAUCAAGAGGGGGUGGUGGUAGAAGAAGUCCCUUCACUCCCAGUAAGAGCGAUGGCUCAGCAAGCUUUCUAAGCGGCUACUCGGACUACUACCCAAAUUACAUGUCUUACACUGAAUCAUCAAGGGCUAAAGUAAGAUCUCUUAGUGCUCCAAAGCAAAGGCCUCAAUAUGAGAGAUCAACUUCAACAAAAAGGUACACAAUUCAUGGCUUUGGUGAGCCAAGAUCGAGCAGUGCACAGAGGGCUUCCGCCUUGCGUGCAAGCUUUACUAGCAAAGCUUAUCCGGGAUCCGGUCGCUUGGACAGACUAGGAAUGCCUGUUGGGCAGAGAUACUAA